AUGGCGAGACGAUCGGCGCCGCUCCUGAAGCAGCUCCUGCGGACGACGAGAGCAUGCGAGAAUCCGUUUCUAGGGCUAGGAUUGGGGUCUUCCGAGAGCCGGCGGACCGUGACCUACAUGCCUCGCCCUGGGGAUGGUGCGCCGAGGGCGGUGACCCUGCUCCCUGGCGACGGAAUUGGGCCGCUGGUGACGGGAGCGGUGGAGCAGGUGAUGGAGGCGAUGCACGCCCCGGUCUACUUCGAGAAGUAUGAUGUCCACGGGGAUAUGACCACAGUGCCCGCAGAGGUAUUGGAGUCAAUCCGGCGGAACAAGGUGUGCCUCAAGGGCGGGCUGCGCACGCCGGUGGGAGGCGGUGUGAGCUCGCUCAAUGUGCAACUGAGGAAGGAACUGGAUCUCUACGCUUCGUUGGUCAACUGCUUCAACAUGGUGGGGGUGCCGACGAGACACGAGAACGUGGACAUUGUGGUGAUCAGGGAGAACACGGAGGGGGAGUACGCGGGAUUGGAACACGAGGUGGUUCCUGGCGUCGUUGAGAGCCUCAAGGUAUAUUUCCUUGGAAUUCUUCUUGUUGUAUCCAUUUCUUCUUCGAUGGUUCCCGUUGAAGUUUCUCCAUCGCACUUGCAGCUCGAAUUUUUUUUUUUGACAAAAAGAGCUGUAUGAACACGAGUGGAAGUCUCUGGACACCCGGACGGUGGAAAAUUUUGAUUUAGUUAAAUAGCUGACAUGAUGUCUGAAGAAUUAUGUUCUACUAGUUACGACUCCUUGUGCAGAGAACAUCUGGAAGAUCUGAUUGGAUGUUAGAACCCCCACCACAAUAUCCUCGCUUCUCUAAAGUUUUUAGCGAUCAGAAGAGCGGGAUUUAUUCAAUGUAGUUGAGAAAUGAGACCCAUUUGGUGUUAAUUGCGCCCACAUGUACCAUUGUGAUACCAUCAUCUCCGACAUUAAUACAUAUGGUUAGUCUUAUUGAUACCUUCCACCGGAGAUGUUCAAGCUCCUAGAACACUCUUCUAUUUUUUUUCUUUUUUCCCGCAAUAAUUGCCUGAAAUGAGAGGCUUGGAUAUGGGAGUAAAGUGAAGAUAACUUGCCAAAUUUAUCAGGGAAUAAAAAGUCAACCAUAUCUUUCUUCUUGAUCACCUGCCAAAUUGGCCGUUGUGAAAGACUCGUGGAUUUAUUAAAAAAUAUUGUAUGCCAAAUUUCUUGGGUGGGAAAGGAGGACAUUCAAUCUUGUAAUCUUUUUUCAGUCUCGGGUUGUAUUGCAUUCAAUUUCUUGAGAUGGUUGGUUUUGCUUCUCAUUUGACAAACCUGCUAGGUCAUUACAAAGUUCUGUUCAGAACGCAUCGCCAAGUAUGCAUUCGAGUAUGCCUACCUCAACAAUCGCAAGAAGGUCACCGCUGUGCACAAAGCUAAUAUCAUGAAGCUGGCAGAUGGGUUGUUCUUGGAGUCCUGUCGCAACAUCGCCACAAAGUACCCUGGAAUCAAGUACAACGAAAUAAUCGUGGACAACUGCUGCAUGCAACUCGUUUCCAAACCUGAGCAGUUCGAUGUCAUGGUACGCUGUUCAUAUUUCUCGAGUUUUAUGUAUUUGCCUCACCUCGAGCUCAAAUUUGCGUGCUUCUAAUCCGAGAUUUUUAGAAAAAGGGCGCCCAUUUUCGCUGUAGAUCACUGCAAUAAUUUAACCAUUGAAUGUGACUGUAUUUCUUUGUCCGAUCCAUUCUCUGUGCUCUGAUUAGUUCCCACACCCAAAACCGAUACCCCGUAUUUAUGAAAUGGUUCGAGGAGCUGAAAUAGUCGGUUUGGCUCGUCUGGGCUUGGUUUUUAUGCAUCGCGGCUUGAACUGGUCCAAUCUUUCCCACACUCGAUAUCUGUGAAUUGGUCAGAGGAGCUCGGGUUGCAGUGCUCGAUUGCUUUUAUCCUCGUCUGAGGAGCUGCUGGCAUGGUGAGCCGGCAGAGAAAUACGAUCGUCCCUAUCCAAGAGCAUGCUGAUAUGAUAUGUGAAGGAUUGAACAGGCGAGAAAACGAAGAAGUGUGACGCCCGGCAGGCCCGUGAUCUUCUGAUCGCAAGGACUCUCUUGUUUGCAUGCUUACCCUCAAAACUCUGCUUCAGAGUUGGGGCGACGAACAUGGUCGACCUGAGGGAUCGGGCGGUCUCUUCUUACAGUGUUAUAGUGCCCUCGGAUUCACGAAAAAUGCACUUGUUCACCCAAUCUUUGCUCUUCCCGGGCAGGUGACUCCAAAUCUAUAUGGAAACCUGGUGGCCAACACAGCCGCUGGCAUCGCCGGCGGCACCGGCAUCAUGCCCGGAGGUAUUUUAUCCCCUGCUGAAUCCUUCUCAAUUUAUUUUAUUUGUGACGCCCCAUGAACCUAUGCUUGCUUCAGCCCCAAACAGCAUAGAACAAAAACCCACCCUCCUUCCUCUCCGAGGCAAACGGCAGGCUGAAAGAUCAGACGAGCGACUAUGAGGUGUUGUGUUGUGACUGGUUUGUGUGUGUGUGUGUGGCGUUCAUGGCAGGGAAUGUGGGGCAGGGCCACGCGAUAUUUGAGCAGGGGGCUUCGGCGGGCAACGUGGGGACGGAGAAGCAGGUGGCGCAGAACAAGGCCAACCCGGUGGCGCUAAUGCUGUCGUCGGCGAUGAUGCUCCGCCACCUGCAGUUCCCCUCCUUCGCCGACCGCCUGGAGACGGCCGUCAAGCGGGUGAUGGCGGAGGGGAGGACCCGGACCCACGACCUCGGGGGCGGCAGCAGCACCCAGGAGGUCACCGACGCCGUGAUCGCCGCUCUUGACUGA